AUGUCUGAAAAUCUGUGUUCCCCUUUUUAUCGUAUUCAAGUUCCCUUUCCUCCAUCAAUUACUGCGGAUGAAAUAAUCAAAAAGCAUUUGGAAAAGGGUGUCGAUAAUGCCAAUAGAACAUCAAAUGCUUUUCUUAUUUACAGACAUGCUUAUAAUCGUGAGGCUAUAAAAUUCGGUUUUACACAUAAGGACAUAUCCAGAUCGGCUAGUAAGUCUUGGAGAAAUGAACCAGAGUACGUCAAAAACCACUACAAGAAAAUGGAGACCGAUAUUAAAUUAAGGUUUAGAGAAAAGGUGCCAAUCUGUUUCGUUAAUUCCCAAAGUAAAAGGUCCGUUAGAAAAAGACGUAGAAUCGCCGAUGCGUCUAUGGCGAAAAUUAAUCAAAUUUCGCCUACUAUAUCCGCCUCCUCCCUCCCUCACAAAACUAUGGAAUGGAACCACCGAAUCAAUACGGACGUGACCGGCGACGCUUUUACGGCCACUCUCUCUGAGGAUUUGGCAUUGACAUAUAUGGCAAUCAUGCAAUCUCUGCCUUUUUGA